GACUCAGAUUAAGUGAUCCAGUUGAGGCUGAGGCUGCGACCAUGCUUCCGGUGGUGCUGAUAUGCUUGUCUUAUUUCCUCUCAGCAUCAGCGUGGCCAAGCUACUGUUGGUCUUGCCAGCCCAGCUACUGGUCCCGUCACUGUCGGCUGUGCCAGUACAAGGUUACAAAUGACUGCCAACCUGGCUCCCCCUGCGACACAAAGUCCUGCUAUCCCAAUUGCCAGAGACCAGAUAAGGGAAAAAACAACCAGAAACCCUUCCCCAUAGAGGAUUACUGGUCUGAUGAAGAAAUUUCUAAGCAGCUAAAACCGGUAGACAUUUUAAAUGUAAAACCGCCAAAUUAUGACUGGCCUGAUCAAGAAAUUUCGAACUGGCCAACACCAGUAAUCAUACCGACUGUUAGUCCGCCGUGGCCUGUUCCAGUAACGCUACGACCAGAACUGGUAGUGAUUCCAACGAAACCAACAUAUAUAAAGCCCUACUAUCCUGUUACACCAUUCCCUUAUCCAUAUAAUCCUUAUCCUACUACAACCCCUACCACAACAACAUCAACCACGACAACACCUAUAUCGACAACACCUACUACAACAACACCUACAACGACAACAUCUACCACUACAACUCCUACCACGACGACUCCUACCACGACAACUCCUACUGCGACAACAACUAGGACUACAACAUCUACUACGACAAAACCUACGACUACGACCCCUACCACAACCACACCCACCACUACAACUCCUACCACUACAACACCCACCACUACAACCCCUUCCACUACGACCCCCCCUACUACAACCCCCACUACUACAACCCCUACUACUACAACACCCACUACAACACCUGCUUCAACAGGAACUACAUCUAAAAUACGCAAGCAUCGUAAGCGUAAACAACGCCAGGAUCCAUUAGACGAAUAUGUAGAUUUUUAACAUAAGUAUUUUGGAUAUUAUCAGCUGAAUAUAAUUGAUAUUGGUAAAAAAAUAACUUUGAAAAGCGGAGAUAUAUUAGCUUCAAUCCUGCGUUAUCAUUUUGCGCGUCAAAAUUUACAUUAAAUAAACUGAUCAUGUUGGUGA